UUUUCCCGACCGUCUUCGCCUUUGGUUUCUUACCUCGCUCGUUCCUUGCUACGUUUCUUGUUUCGCUUUUUUUUCUAAUUUCCUGGGGUUAUUUCUGUGCCUCGUUUCUUGUUUAAAUUUUUGGCUCAUUGCCAUUUUGGGCCUGCCUUACCUUUUUCCUUUUUUUGCAAUUCCGUUGCCCUGUCAUUUUAGCCGUGAAAACCCGGCGGCCUGGAAUUAGAUUGGAAC